CAAUAUGUGAAAUUUUAGUUAUAGGUUAUGUUUCGGAACAAUGAUGUUACGAAUAGUUUACUAUGUUUUCGAAAUGUAAAAAUGUUACUAUAUUUUCAUUGUUUAACUAUAUGGAAUGAUUCAAUUAAUUUGAAUUUAUAUUAAAGUCAUGUCAUACAUCGUAAUGUAAAAUUUUCGAUUCUUUCACCAGUUAAUUGUUCUGUGAAAGUAAACGGUGGUUCCUAUAAGUUUAAAUACAUAUUUGUUUCUAAUACCUCGCAAAAAUGGAUGAUCAAGCAUGCCCAAGAUGCAAAACUACUAAAUAUCGGAAUCCAUCAUUGAAAAUGAUGGUAAAUGUUUGUGGUCACACAUUAUGUGAAAGUUGUGUCAAUUUGUUAUUUUUGAAAGGCUCUGGAUCAUGUCCUGAAUGUAAAAUUCCUCUGAGAAGAGCAAAUUUUCGUGUACAAUUAUUUGAAGAUCCUAUGGUAGAAAAGGAAGUAAAUAUAAGAAAAAGAAUUCUUAGAGAUUUCAACAAAAAAGAAGAAGACUUUGCAACACUAAGAGAAUACAAUGAUUAUUUAGAAGAAAUUGAAACACUAAUAUAUAACUUGGCUAACAAUAUUGAUGUAAUAGAAACAAAUAAGAAAAUAGAACAGUACAAAAAAGACAAUAAAGAUCAAAUAACAAAAAGUAAAUCUAAGCUUGGUAGAAGUGAAUAUGAAUUGGAAGAAAUGAUAGAAUUGGAGAAACAGAAAGAAGAAGAGAGAAGAUUAGAAAUAGCUAAAGAAGAAAUAGAAGCUAAAAGAAAAAAGAUCCGUGAGAAAGAAGCAUUGAUAGAUGAGCUUACAUUUUCAGAAGGAAAUGCAAAAAAUAUUGUAGAAACAUUUGCCUCUGUUAUACAAGCAUCUAGGAAGGAAACAAAAGCAGCACCUGCUAAAGCAACACAAUUUAGUACAGGAAUUAAAUUUAGCAAUCAAGGAGGUCAGAAUUAUUUGCCUAUACCAAAGAUCGAAGAAGGACCUCUAUACACUUAUACACCUAUCAAACAAGUAACGGAUGGUCCAGCACCACCUAGUUGGAGAGAAUUACAAGCUCGUGGAUAUGUUUCUCAUGUACGUGCUGAGUCUUCAUCAGAAAGAGCAGGUGGAUUUAAAGCACAUGUUGCAUGUUUAAGAGCUUUACAAGAAUCUAUGGCUGGUUUAUAUUAUAAUCCUUCACAACGUCAAACAGAAUUCACAUCUGUGUGAUUAUAAAAAUU